AUGAGCGAUCAACCAACAGGCGGAGGCAUCUCUGCAAUUUUCGUCCAUGUUGGAGCGGGUUAUCACAGUCCUGGCAACGAAAAGGUUCACCUGCGUGUCUGUGAAAAUGCUUGCAAAGCUGCCAUGGGCAUCUUGAAGAACGGCGGAUCAGCUCUAAAUGCUGUCGAGAUGGCCAUCUUGGUGAUGGAGGAUUCCGAAUUGACCAAUGCUGGAUACGGAAGCAAUUUAACUAUUGACGGCAACGUUGAGUGUGAUGCUACGAUUGUAGAUCACCUUGGAAGAAGUGGUGCAGCUGGAGCAGUGGCUCAGGUCAAAAACCCAAUCUCUUUGGCGCGGGUGAUUCUAGAAGCCUCAUCGCGACCAUUGACCUGUCACAGAGUGCCUCCGAAUUUUCUCGUCGGUGACGGGGCCACGGAUUUUGCUUUUGAGCAAGGACUGGUGGUACUUCCACCAGAUGCCUUGAUAAGCCGCGAAUCUAAGGAAAGAUGGCAUCGCUGGCUGGAUGACUUGAGAUCUGCUGAGCUGAAGGGGAAAAGCCAGGAGCAAGCUCGGCUCAAUUUUAGGGAAUUCAGGUCGCCUUUCGUUCGUCGACCAAUGGUAUCUCGUCAUUCGGGUAUUCCGAUCAACUCCCCUACCCCUCGGCUACACGACAAUGGGGCUCUCUCUGCUAGUGGCGACUUGAUGGCUCCUCCUACCGAGUCCGUUGCAGGUAGGCAAGGUACAAGUGCCCCUAACAAUCUGAAGAGACAACAUCAUGAAGCAAACCCGGAUGGGGAUACCUACGGGGAUGGUGCACCUUGUACAGAAAAGCGUAUAAUCACACCCCGGGAUCAUGACCUUCGCUUCUCGGGAACUUCCUCGGAAGUAGCAGAUGAGCACCCCAGAACCGGAUCUGCAACUCUGAACACUGGCUCAGCUCCUGGAGCCUUCGCUACGGAACCAGCUACUCAGAUACCGGAGACCACGCCUGCUGCCAGAGAUGAGGACCUGAUUACCGAUACCGUUGGCGCUAUAGCUGUAGACUCCAACGGUAAUAUUGCAGCUGGUUCUUCUUCGGGUGGCAUUGGCGCAAAACAUCGUGGUCGAGUCGGGCCUGCUGCGUUGGUGGGCAUUGGCACCUAUGUGAUUCCCACCGAUCCCAAUGACCCCGAGCAGACUUCUGUAGCGUCUGUCACAUCCGGCACAGGAGAGCAUAUAACUACGACCAUGGCUGCGCAGACAUCGGCUUUGCGGGUCUACUACUCCCAAAGAAGGCGUAGAGACGGCGAGUUCGAAAAAGUUUCCGAAGACGAGGCGAUGAAAGCAAUGAUAGACACUGAGUUUAUGGGCCACCCGGGUGUGAAAGCUAGUCCUUGUGGAGGCGCUAUCGGGAUCCUAGCUGUGAAGAGGACAAUUGACGGGAUUUUCUUCUACUUCGGCCAUAAUUCAGAUUCAUUUGCACUCGCUUCCAUGAGUAGCGAAGACGAGAAGCCACUGUCCGUGAUGUCGCGCAACAGGGGAAAUGAGACGAUCGCGCAGGGCGGCCGCGCCUGUGUGGCUAAAAAAUGA